GCAGCCCGAAAGAAGGACCCAAGCAGCCACCGACGUCCCUCUUUGAAAAAUUGGCAAAAAGCUUGAAAUUUCUCCUUUCCUUCUUGUUCAAGAACAAGCUUUAGGACUUAGAACUCUCUCUCUCAACCCAUAAUUUUCCAGAUCUGCUCUCAUCCCUCUGCCGCAAGCUCCCUGUUGCUGGGUGGGUGAAAUUUUCGGUUAUUUUGGAGCCGUGAGCAUCCCCCCUGCAAUUCCGUCAGCCCCCAUGCUCGCCUGGUGCGGGUUCUGCUGGCCGGAAAAAAAAAAGGGAAUUCUGGUAUGUGCUAGCUUCUCCAAGGCUGAAUUUUACCCAUGUAAUUGCUGGGUUUUGUCCAUUUAGUUAAUGCUCUGUGUUGUCCGAAAAUUCUGUGGAAAUAGGAAGAAAUUCGGCCGCCAUUUAAGUAUGUGUUUUAAGCUUGAUUAUUUAGAAUUUAGCCUGAUUUGGCUGCUAUGAUUUCUGGAGAGAAAUCCUGUGUGUGAGUGGUUUUGCCAAUUUUUGGAAGUUGCAGGCAGUGUUCACGGCACUGCUCACGGCACUGUUUACGGAUACUGUUCACGCACUGAUAGCCAACAAUUAACGGGAUUUAAAUGAUUAGUUUGUAAUAUAAGAAUAAAUUUGGAGAGGUCUGGUCAUGUGGAGAUUGAUAGGAAUAGCAUCGUGAUUAGGGGUGAUCUUAAUGAAGUUUCACUUUGAAUUUGUGGUAGUGCGAAAUUAAUUCUUGGAUAUUUUGAUUAGGUUCCUGAUCAUUCUGUCAGUUUAGCACUGAGAUCGAGUUUCAGUUUUAUGCGAGUGAGGUAAGUAAAUUAUGGUAAAGCCCUUUGAUUUUAAAGCAUAUUUUAAAUUGUUUUUGAGAUGGUGGUAAGGUUUAAAUUGUUUUAAAUCGAUUUUAUUUGCAUCGAGCAUGAUUGGUUUGAAAUGAAAUUAUUUUUUUUUUGCAUUGAGUAGAGCAUGCCUAUUUGGAAUGGACUGAACUGUCGUGAUGAACUGAGAAUUUUGUAAAUUCUGAGUUUUUCUGUUAAAUUCAUGCUCACAUGAAAAUUGUGAUGAUUUUUAUGAAAAUUAUUAUUUUCUGGAAUUGAGCAUGAUUGGAAUGAAAAUGAGACUUUCAUUGUUUUUCUGGAGUUGAGCAUGGCCACAUAGAAAUUUUCUGGUUUAUUGUUGAAAUUGAAGGGUACGUACAAUGGGUUUAGACCUAUUACAUAAUCAUAAAAUAUAAUAUUUGUUUGAAUAAAAAUUUAUCAUAAAU